AUGCAGUUGGAAGAGGAGGUUGAGGACAAAUUUGAGCUGAAUAUCUCAAUAACCAACCCAGAGAAAGUCGGUGAGUUUCACUAUAUUUGACUGUUUUCUUCCUUUUGUGAAAAUGUCACCUAUUAUGAUGAAUCCUGCAUCAGUGUUGUCAUAAAUAAAAUAACAGCUUCCUCUCUUCAAUGCCAGCUGCUUCUCAGUUCCUGGUUCCUCUCCUUCCUUUCUCUGAAGUGAGAGUGAAGGGCGGAGCCAGCAAUAGAGCUGUAGAUCUGAUUUGGUUCUUCACGCCAACUGCUUUUCUAAAGACUUAGACAUUUUCUAGUUCUUUUGUGGUAAAGAUAUUGUAAUUUUCAGUGGAUGUCAUCCAGUACAGUAUAAUUUAUACCCUUUUGUUACUCUGCUUAUGAUCGCUAUCAAACUACCCAUAUCAAUGUGUAAUACAUGAAGGUAAUAAAAAUAAAAAAUAAAGUAACAUACAACAAUAAAAGGGGUCAAACCAAGAAGUUUAAAACUGACGUUGGUUUUACCCGCUAAUAAUUGUCUUUCAUUCUGUAGGGGAUGGCAUGAAUGCUUACAUGGCCUACAAAGUCUCUACACAGGUAAUAUUGCUGCAGUCAAUUAAACAUUUUAUAAAAAUGUUGCCUUCUUCAGUUCACAUAGUGUCAUCUUUACCCCUUAGCUAACACUUUGCAACUCCACUCUCCACUCCUCUCACUUUUAGACCACACUGCCCAUGUUCCGCAGUAAGACGUUCACGGUGCGCCGGCGUUUCAGUGACUUCUUAGGCCUCUACGAGAAGCUCUCGGAUAAACACGCGCUGAACGGCUACAUUGUGCCCCCGCCGCCUGAAAAGAGCAUUAUGGGUAAGCUAUAGUAUACGCAUAAUUGGUUACCUUGAGUUAAUGUCGCUUUUGGCAGCAAAUCAGUCAUAGUUCCUCAAUGGGAGCCAUGCAUUUUCCACUAAUACCUAAAUGACAACAAUAACUACAGGGGGCGGGACUUGCCAAUGGAUCAAUUUUGGUUUGUGGGUCUUUUACCUAUUGAUGUGUUUGUCCUGGUUUUGAUGAUUGCGUGUGUUUUAGCCUAAUUGAUUUGUCAUGUUUCGGACAGGCAUGACUAAAGUCAAAGUGGGAAAAGAGGACAACUCGUCGGCUGAGUUUGUGGAGAGGAGGAGGGCGGCUCUGGAGAGGUACCGUAUGAGCUUUCCUCUUGAGGUUUCCUGUAUUGGCAAAACCGUGGUGGGUAGCAGCAGACUUGGAAUCGUGAUCGUAUAACUUGCAGAUGAGCACAUUUAAUGAGCCAUUCCAUAGGGACUUGGUUUGAAAAGGUAGUAUGCAAAAGGCUGGUAGGUCAAUGAAAAGUUCUGAUUAAAUGACUCCAAUGUAACUGUAGUGAAAUGUUUAAUUUGUUUGGUUUUGUCAUCCCAAAAGGUAUCUGCAGAGAGUGGUGUUCCACCCAUCGCUGCUACAAGACCCUGAUGUCAGAGAAUUCUUGGAGAGAGACGAUGUAAGCUCGCCGUGUGUAUAUACCACUCUCACACAAAGAUACUGUUUGUCUAUCCAACACACACGAGGUGCUUGCCUUGCACUUGACCCAUUUAAUGUCCCAGGACCUUGCUGUGUCAUUAUCUGUUAAAAUGCUUGACUGGCUUUCUGUUCAAUUUUCACAUGCUAAGUGAGAUAUUAUCCCAAAUUGUUCUGCCUUGUCAUACAUGUGUGCAGGUGCAUCAGGGUUGGGGUCUGAUUCAAGAAUUUCAGAGCGCCGUCCAUUUUCAAUGAGGAUUUUUCCAUAAUUGAAUUUGUAGCGAUUUCAAUUGACUGCCUGAAUUUAGUGAAUUGACCACAAGCUUUUUGCUACGGUGUGCACUAAUGAAUGUGACCCUGAUGUGACUCUUAAGGUGUGUGUGUGUUUUUAGAUGCCCAGGGCUCACAACACCCAGGCUCUGAGUGGCGCCGGCUUCCUGAAGAUGAUCAACAGGGCUACAGACUCCCUCAGCAAGAUGACCAUCAAGAUGAACGAGUCGGACGUGGUGAGUCUCCCUCCACUGACCACUGGGACACACACACAGUCUCUGUUUUACCUCGCCCGUGGCCCCGGUGGCAGUGUGCUUAUUUUAAACAGAAAUCUCCACCCACCCUGGCGAAUGGACCCACCGUCACUAAAACGAAUGCACCCACUAACUAUCUUGCACAAUAGAUACAACCAUUGCAGCUCUAAUGUGCGGUUGCCUGUGUCAUGCUGUUACCAGUGGUUCGAGGAGAAACUGCAGGAGGUGGAGGCUGAGGACCAACAGCUGAGGAAGCUCCACAUCAUGGUGGACUCUCUGGUCGGACACAGGAAAGGUAUGGUACAAUGGAAUAGAAUAGUGUUAUCGGACAGACUUACAGAUGGACACACAAACACACAAGGCUAGAAGCAGUGCAUGGCCACCUAUUGUGUGUGUGUGUGUGGAAUGGAAAUAUGUCUUCUUGCUGUCUUUUUUCCCACCAAACAAUACACACACACAAUAGGCUUCAAGCAGCACAUAAUCUCCUUCCCCCAGAGUUGUCGGUGAACACGGGGGGCUUUGCCAAGAGCGUGGCGAUGCUGGGCAACUCGGAGGACAACACGGCCCUGUCCAGAGCCCUCUCCCAGCUGGCCGAGGUGGAGGACAAGAUGGAGCAGCUGCACCAGGAGCAGGCGGCCAGCGACUCGUUCUGCUUCGCCGAGCUGCUCGCCGACUACAUCCGCCUGCUGGGAUCCGUCCGGGUACCAACAGAGAGUCAAUGGCUAAAACAGGCUGCGUCUGAAAAUGUUACAAGCUGUUCAAUCCUUGCUUCCUCGUCCUUGUUUCCUCCAUUCCUUGCCACUUUCUCAAAGCACAUUGGAGGAAGAGGUCAGAGGUAAGGGCGCUUUGAGAGUGAGGUGAGGAAUUGAGGAAACAAGGACUGAGGAAGCAAUUUGACUACGAUUAUGGCUGUUGCGGUGACCGUAUUACCGCCACACCAGCAGUCAUAAGACAUGACAUAGUACAAUUCCACGUGACUGUUGAGUCACGGUAAUCUCCUCUUAUGCACUCUGGACAUGUGUUGGUAGUACCCAACUUGCUAAUGACCGUCAGGUCCUAAUGGGCUGGUGGUCAGGGCUCUAUUGUCCCUCUAACCACUGACAUCAAUGCAAAUGCAAUCGAAAAUCACAUCAAACACUUAUCAAAACAGUAUCAUGAUUUCAAAGCUUACCUCACUGUGAUGAUCAAUUUGAAGAAAGACGUUCAACAGCAGGUUGAAAGUGUAAAACAUGGUCCUUGUGGAUGUUGUUUCAAAUCCUAACACAACAAAAUGGACAGGGCUUUCUAAGGUGAUGAUUAAUUCAAAACACUCAUACGCAUAUUAGAGCUUAUGCAUAGGGCCGGAAAAAAACACUGAAUUAAUUAUGAUUGUGCUGUUAUACAAUACAUAGUCUACUGCAUAUUACACAUGGCAGACAAACAUAAAACAAAACUGAUUUAUGAUGUCUUUGGUACAUAAUUGGUCUAGCCUAUACUCUAGCCUAUAAUCGACUGAGUGUGGAUUGUUAUUAUGCAUACUGGAUGGACUGGUUACCUUGUGUAUGCUACGCUCCAAAAUGUCUAUCCACGAGUCUGGGAGAGAACGUAUAGCCCUAGGCGAUGCUGAUGGUUAAUUGAUUGUGCAGGGCAGCUUACAGUUAACCUACAAUUAUAGUGAAUUUGUAUUCGAUUUUGAAUUGCCUAGUCAUAGGGAUUUUUUUAUAUUUUCAAAAUUGGGUGACAUUACCUUUUAGCUAAACAGAAUCAAACCACCAUGCGUUUCCAUCUUCUCUCCCUCCUUUAUUCCUUUCUCGAGCGCGCAGAGGAGCUGUCAACAGUUUAGUGAAAUGUUUUAUUUUGCGAAAACAUGUUACUAUCGAUGUUCCCGAACAUUUCACUUGGUUUCCCAAAUUAAGCACUGGGUAGCUGCAGGAACAGGGUUGGAGAGCCCAUGGCAUACAGAGUUUGAGCGGAAUAUUGGGCCUCCCGAAUGCAGGUGCUGCUACAGCCUGGGGUUCGAUCCCAGGGAGCCCCAUAGUGCGGUGCAGAGUUAAGAAGCAGCACGGCUUGGCAGGUCAUGUUUUGGAGGACGCGUGUCUUGACCUUCGCCUCUCCCGAGGCCGCUGAGGAGUUACAAUCUUCUCAUCGCUGCAACUAUCAAUUGGAUAUCACAAAAAUUGGUAAAAAAAUGUAUUAUGAGUUUGAGCGGAUUAAAUUGAGAAUAGUGAAAAUAUGAUCACUUGAGAGAACAGCUGUGCAGCCUGAGGCAAGGAACAGAGCGCACUUUUUUUUCCGACUUUCUCAAAUCAUCAAUAGCCUAUAGUCGCAUCAAUCAGCCCAUAUGUUUUGAUUUCUAAAGACAUUAAGGUUUGUAUCAUUCACAACUAAAGUUGCUAAAUACCUCUAAAUCAAGCGUAUAGGACCUGUUUCAAAUGAUCACUUUUACGCUCAAUAUAGCCACUUCAUAUGCGCACUUGCUCUGGAAUGGGAAAAAUAUCCUUCCUAUUUUAUUCAGCAAAGUUCAGUUAUUCUUACUAUAAAAUCAUGUAAUAUAUACUGAACAAAAUAUAUAUGUAAAGUGCUGGUCCAAAAAGCUUCUCUAAAAUGUUAUGCACAAAUUUGUUUACAUCCCUGUUAAUGAGCAUUUUAUCCUUUGUCAAGAUAAUCCAUCCACCUGACAGGUGUGGCAUAUCAAGAAGCUGAUUAAAAAGCAUGAUCAAUACACAGGUGCACCUUGUGCUGGGGGGCAAUAAAAUGCCACUAAAAUGUGCAGUAUUGUCAUACAACACAAUGCCACAGAUGUUUCAAGUUGAGGGAGUGCGUAAUUGGCAUGCUGACUGCAGGAAUGUCAACCAGAGACGUUGCCAGAAAAUGUUAUGUUAAUUUCUCUACCAUAAGCCUCCUCCAAUGUCAUUUUAGAGAAUUUGGCAGUGCCCAGUUAUGGGAAAUCCAUAGAUUAGGGCCUAAUGAACUUAUUUAAAUUGACUGAUUUCUUUAUGAACUGUAACUCAGCUAAAUCUUUGAAAUUGUUGCAUGUUGCGUUAAUAUCUUUGUUCAGUAUACAAUAAUGGCACGGGACUUUAAGCAUUUGUCAGCUAAAUGAACAAGCCUAUUGCAUGGAGCAUAGCCAGAUAACAUACAGUAGGCCAACUCAUAUUCUGUUCUUCUGAAAUCCAUUUUCUUCAUAUGUUUCUUUAGACUUGACUAAAAUAAAUAAAUACUUUUUUGUGAUGGUGUAUAUUAAAUUGAUGUAUUACUUUUUUUUAAAUGUAGCUGUUCCAAAGGCAUGAAGGCCUGUAUGCGUGGAGGCCUGGUGAUGCUAAACGCGUUUGUUAAUUAACGGUCAAUUACUGUGAAACCGUCAGUCUUUGCAUGACAAUAACUUGGCUGACAAAAUGUCAUGACCGCCACAGCCCUAAUAAGAGUAACGUUUUCAGUCGCAGCAAUAGGCAACGCACCAUAAUAACGGUCACCCUGAGAUGAGAACGUUUUAAACAGUGUGUGUGUUUCUGUCCUCAGGCCUCCUUUGACCAGCGGAUGAAGGCGUGGCAGCGCUGGCAAGAUGCUCAGAACAUGCUGCAGAAGAAGAGGGAGACAGAGGCCAAGCUGCUGUGGGCCAACAAGCCUGACAAGCUGCAGCAGGCCAAGGAUGAGAUCACUGAGGUAGAGCGCUGCCCAACACCUGUACUGCCCAAUACCUUCUGUCUCUCAGGGUUGUUCAUUAGGUACCAAAUGGAAGAAAACAAACUGGAAAGGGAGGGAAUACAGACUUUUCCAAUAAAUGAUUAUAAUUGUGUUUUUCCGUUGUAAAGCAUUUUCUGUAUCGUGCCCUAAUGUCUCAGAGUUAAACACACGGUCAGGAAGUUCUGUCCCCUGUUGCAACCAGACCAAGUACAUACACAAACCACGUGACACAAAAGUCACUGUUUGACUCAUGCCAAUAAAAUGAACCCGUUCCUCUUACUUUCAAAGACUCUCCCCCUCAGUCCUCCAAAAAGUGAUGGCAUCACUUUUUACCAGAAAUUUAACUUGCAGAUUGUGCCUUUCACCCAUUGCCCACCACUAGAAUGUUUCUCAACAUUGAUCCUUUGGAUCCACUGUGUAUACUGGAUUUGACUCCCAACUGUACACUCAUUAGCAUACAAACCAAAUGGUAACCUAAAGGGAAGUAAGUGUGCAUUGCUUACAUGCCAACUCAACUGUGCCUCCUUUCUCAACUCCUCUCUUUCCUAGUGGGAGGCCAAGGUGACUCAGUACGAGAGAGACUUUGACAGAGUGUCUGCUACAGUUCGCAAGGAGGUGCUCAGGUUUGAGGUAAGUCAUUUUUCUUCUGGCGGGUUAGGUGCUGGAUAAGACAGAGACUAGAAAAACACAGUGUAUUAUCUGGGUUGUAAUUUUUUUCUUACAGAAAGAGAAGGCUCGAGAUUUCAAGAAACAGAUCGUCAAAUACCUGGAGUCUCUGCUGCAGUCACAGCAACAGGUACGUUUCUGCUCACUGGGCCUGUAUUCAUAAAGUGUCUGAUCUAGGGUACAUUUAGCCUUUUCAUUUGGACAGGGGUAUUUGAGCCUAUAUAAGCACAUACUGAGACAUGAUUUGAAUAUGGACCUUGCUAAAUAAAGACUGGGUCAGAUACACAUUACAUAGUGCAUGAGGUAUUUGGUACAUUAAGGCCGUUUCCCACGGCAAGAAUAUCUGAAUUGUUUUGGGAACAUGGUUGAUAAUGUUCUUGUACUUCUCUUCCCUCUUCUCUUUUUAGCUGAUAAAGUACUGGGAGGCAUUCUUGCCAGAGGCAAAAGCAAUUGCGUGA